AUGUCUUUAGAAACAUUUCCCUACGGGGACCACGACCUCCAGACCGUGACAGUCGCACACCCCUACCCCGCACCAACAAACACAGAAAAUGAUACCGGCUACUGGGUGAUCCUAAUCCACGGCGGUGCCUGGCGCGACCCAACCCAAACCGCAACAUCCUACCUGACCCCGGCACUAUCCAUCCUCUCCUCACAACAACCUCAACAGCCUAUAACAGGCCUCGCCUCAAUAUCCUACCGUCUAAGUCCCCACCCCUCACACCAGCAAGACCUGUCAAAUGUCUCACCCACCUCCGCCCGCACCGCAGAGCACCCAGACCACAUAGCCGACGUGCAAGCUGCGCUAUCAUUCCUCGAAGCGAAAUACAAGAUAAGAAGGCGCUAUGUACUUGUUGGACAUAGUUGCGGGGCGACACUUGCGUUUCAGGCUGUUAUGGAGUCGUUGGCGCCCGCGGCGUCGAAGACAGGCGCUCGUUAUGAGUUUCCCGUGGCGAUCCUCGGAAUGGCGGGGAUAUAUAACCUGCGGCUUUUGAGGGAUUCGCAUAGGGACAUCUCUGCGUACCAGGAGAUUAUUGAGGGCGCUUUUGGGGGUGAUGAAAAUGUGUGGGAUGCUGUGUCGCCGGGCGUUGUGGGGGUUGAUGCGUGGGAGGAGGGGAGGGUUGUUGUGUUGGCUCAUUCGGAGAGUGAUGAGCUUUGUGAUGUUGCUCAGAGUGAGGAGAUGAAACGCCGUUUGAGGGGCUGGGAGGAGGAUAAAUCUAGCGGGCAGAGGAAGGUCCAUGUUCUUUCAAUUGAGGGGAAACAUGAUGAGGCGUGGGAGAAGGGCACGGAACUUGCGAGGGCGAUUGUGUUUACUCUUUCGCGGCUACAGGAGGCGGAGGUAUGA